GUCCGCCCCGGGGGCGGCGGUGGGGCCCUCGGGGCUGUGCUGGCCCCGGGGUGAGCCCGCGCUCCUUCCCGCCCAGGGCCGAGCAGGGGAAGAGGAGCUCGGUUUCCUGAGGUAGAUAUUUUUGCCUCGGCCCUGCUCUCCAGAGGAAGGUCUCUUGCUUGCUGUUGGACUUCGACAGACCUAAUCUGUGAAGAUAAUUGAAGUUCCUUUGCUCUGAAUGCUCUAAAAAGCUUGAUAAUGGCCCCACUACCGAAUGCUGAAUUAGUUCAGAACUCUUUGCAGUUAUAUCGUUACCUGCUUCGAUGCUGUAAGCAACUUCCUGAAGAGAAUAUUCGUCAGCAUUACAGACAUGCAGUCAGGCAGAGUUUCAAAGUUCAUGCCGAUGAAGACAAUCCUGAGCGAAUCCAGCAGAUUAUUAAGAGAGCCAUUGAAGAUGCUGACUGGGUCAUGAAUAAAUAUAAAAGACAGAAAUAGAAGAGGAACAAUGAAGACAAGAAUGUAAUUGAUAGGUGCCUGUCACCCUAAUCUCUAAACUCUCAUGAAAACGGACACCAUUCAGGUGGGUUUUGUGCACUGAAUGGUAUAAUCACUGAAAUGUGCAAUUUGUACAGUUACAAAGGUCUUCACCACUUUUUGCAACAUAUAAUAAAUGUCCUUUAAAAAUGGGAGUCCAUGUCCUUUUUAAAAAGACUGUCUUUUCAGUGUCUUAACAGAUUUUCAUCAGGGAAAACUCAAUAGAAAUACUAGCUAUCUGAAGUAAAAUUAAUGUAGGGGUAAAAGAGUUUUCCUUUUGAAACGUGAUCUUAGCUUUUAGCUGUACUUGGAACUUUUUGCCUCCAGGUGGCAGUGCAUGCUGCGAUGCGUAUCCAAAGUCCUAAGUAUUUCGGGGUUGGGUUUGUUUUUACUGUUUCCAAAUUGUUGAGCUUUCUCACCUGCCAAAAUAGAACCGAAGUGCUAAGGCAGGUCUCUCUUAGGCUCCAGAUUUCUUUUUUUCAUUCAACCAUGAAAGAAACAAGAAGAAAAUCCUAGCUCAAAGUAGUCAAGAAGUAGUCUUUUGGCUAGAAAAGAAAUGAGGGCUGUAAGUGAAUGUUUAUACCAUACAGUAUUGUAUAAAAAGAUUUAUUUUCUCUGCUAACCCUAAACCAUCUUCUUUAAGAAUUCUUGCCCUCUGUUAUUCUUUCCUCUGCCACCACCACUAUUGUUCUUCUCUCUCCUCCUGCAUCUUUCACAUGACCUUAUAUGCCCUCAACUUUUGUUCUUGUUCUACAUAUUCCUUAAUUCUGUUCUCUCUCAUCUUCUCUCUCUACCCUACUUCUUUCUCUUCCUCAAAUCCUUUUCUGACAUGUACAUCAGAAGAUACUCGGGUAUUAUGCUGGGGCCAUCCUUCUGCUUAAUUUCAGAUAAUAAAGCAUGAAGGUAAUAGUUUCUCAACAAAGUAAAUGUAAGUUUUUCUUCAUGUGAGGAAAACCCCUUGUCUUUCUACUUAAAUACAUUUUUUUGAAAGUGCAACCAUUCUGGUUUAAACUUUCCAAAUAAUUUGAUGCAAGGUGGAGCAUAGAAAACUGAACCAGUAUGAAGCUGAACACUGUAAUAAAAAAACUUAAGUAGAUUUGAUAGAAGAUACCUGAAUGUGCUAUUCUUAUUCAAGAACAGCAAACAGAUGACCCAUGCUGUACUCCAAUUCUAUUACAUAAAUUUGGUCUGUAGUAUGGAGAUGCACGGAGCUUUGUAUUAGUGCAUUAGUGAAAAUGAGAAGACUCAGUAGGAUUAACAGCGUAUGGAAACAUACUAGUUUCCUGAAUGUCAAGUGUAGUGUGCUCAGCAACCCUCUAUUGCUUUAAUUGUCUGGCUUUUUGUAGUGUGAGACAUAAUACUUUGUUCAAUUACUGAAUAGGAAUUGCAUGUGUCUAAAUAAUUCUUAUAUGCCUGUUAUUUAAUU